AUGAACAUUAUUUUUUUCUAGAGAGUAAAUAAAGUAUGAUAUUUGCGAAAUAUGCCAGAGACCAAGUCUCUAUUCAACUGAUUUUUUUAGCAUGGUACUUUUCUUAUCUUCUUUUCUAUCACUUCCAUAUUUCACUCUAAUGUGCUUUAUUUCUAAAGUAGGUUACUAUUUUUUUUAAAUCAAAUAUUUGUUACUGGCACUAGAGUUAAUGGCUUAUAGAGAGUUUAAAACUACACUCUCCUAAGGUUAGAAAGUAUAUCCUCCAUUUAAGAAUAAAGUAUUCAUCCUAAACAAUUUGAAAAGUAGUUAGGCGAGCCGCGGUCCACCCUGUGGGUCUUGCUACGUACGCUGUCCUCGUUACCAUGGAAACCCUGCCACAAUACUAGGACUGUGAUGCUGAACUCAAAUUGAAAAGAGCAGGAGCUUGUUAUGUUACUUUAGCUUUCAUAGAAUCGCUAGAAAUGUCACCACCGAAAGAUAUUAAGUUUCCACCUUUAACGCUGUCACAAAAACAAAGGCAAGUGAUCAAGAGAUUGCUAUAUAAAAUAUUGUAAUCAUUGUUUCUUUACGAGUACAUAUAGUGGUUAGCGAAACCAGCAAGUUAAAUUAUCAUGUUCAACCUAAUUGAACUCUGUUUUGUCUGAUUAAAACUCACACAUGACCACAGUCUUCAAAAUUAUGCUGUCCAGACGACAGAGGAAGGGCAAGAAGGAGAUAGCACUGGUGCUGUUUCUGUCCAACCAUCUGCAGCGAGAAAGUUGUGCUCGACAGGGAGCAGUUACAUUUAUGCAGGCUUGGGGAGAAAGCCCCAACUGCUGGUGCGUCUGGAGAGCUAUGUGAACAAGGAGCUACAUUCUAUCAGCCCACAUGAGACAAAACUCCAGGAACUGAAGCUACAGGUCUACCGUAAUGUCUUUGGUUGUCUCAUCAAAGAGUUCAAAACCUACCAACCCCUUCUCUCUGCCAUCAAAAAGGAAUAUGAAAACACUUUAGCAUAUCAGCAGGAUCAAAUCCGAGAACUGGAACCACUGCGAUCCCACCUGAGGCUUGUGACAGAGGAAUGUGACAGGAAGAUUCAAGCUCGCUGGGGAGAGGAGCAGGCUGAGAUUGGAGCCUUGAAAAGGGAGAAGCAGCAACUGCAAGGGGACAUUAUGGCCAUGAGGGAGAAAGACAGGACCAUGCAGGCAGUGGUAGAACGUCUGCAGUGUGAACUGUCCAACCAGUAUUUGCAGUACCGGGAGGAGCGUGAUGCCCGAAAGUUGCUGAUCUGGCACCUCAGUGACCUAACAAGAGCCUCUGUGAAGGAGGAGCACCCUGCAGGUGAAAAUACAGAGGCUAAGGACCCACUGGAGCUGCAGCUUGCACUGAGGGUGUGUCGCGAAGACCUGACUAAAGCCCAAGAGGAGCUCAGCAAGAUGAAGGCAGAGUACUGGGAUGUCGUGCCACGACGCAACUGGGACAACCUGGAACAAACACACAAGCAGACACUCCUGCAGUUGAAGACACUGCAGGAUGACUUUGAUCAGUUGAAGAGUGAGUAUGACACCCUGCUGGAGCUCCAUAAAAGAGGCAGCAUGCAGUCUGAUACACAUGACUCCACCACUGUACAGAUCGAUGCAACUGUGUCUCAAGGGCAAAGCAAAAUUCAGUCCAGCCAGCUAAAAGAGCUGAUCAACUCUAAUACACCUGAGAGCAGGACACUCACCAUCCAGGAGUUUAGGGCAGCCCUGAGGACAGCGUUCCCUCUGAAGUCAGAUGAGGAAAUAGAUGAACUUGUGAGCUCAGCUCAAAGUGAAUCAGACAGAAGUGACAUCAUCUCCUCCCAGAUACUCCACAGCCUGGUACGUACCAGUAGGGGUUUCACUAUUUCAGUCUGAUGUUGCAAAAUGUGACUCCCAGCCCACAAGGUAUAUAGGAAUGGGAUGUGGCCAUUU